AUGCUUGGGGUUACAUACGAACAUCCUCAAGCCACCGAUUCCUUUAACUUAGUAAUCGAAAGUUUGAAGAAAAAGGAUGCGGAUGAAUUCAGUGCUGCUGGUGAUUUAUUCGCUGCACUGGAAGUCACUGCUUCUUCGCAAUCUGCUCCUGCAACUGCUGUUGAAUCGCCCCAGCAAGCAGUGGUUCGUUACUUUUGUCUCUUUCGUUUCCUUAUUUCUAUUGCUUGA